AUGGGUGCCCCGUCGUUGCCCGAGGCCUGGCAGCUCUACCUCAAGGACCACCGCAUCUCCACGUUCAAGAACUGGCCCUUCCUGGAGGGCUGCGCCUGCACCCCGGAACGGAUGGCCGCGGCCGGCUUCAUCCACUGCCCCACCGACAACGAGCCCGACCUGGCCCAGUGCUUCUUCUGCUUCAAGGAGCUGGAGGGCUGGGAGCCCGACGACGACCCCAUGGAGGAGCACAGGAAGCACUCGGCGGGCUGCGCCUUCCUUUCCGUCAAGAAGCAGUUUGAAGAGCUGACCCUCGGGGAAUUUCUGAAACUGGACAAGGAAAGAGCCAAGAACAAAGUGGCAAAGGAAGCCAACAAUAAGCAGAAAGAAUUUAAAGAAAUCGCAAAGAAAGUCCGCGCCGCCAUUGAGCAGCUGGCCGCCGCGGAGUGA